AUGGCAACCAUCGAUUCGCAGCGUGGCUCGAGUCUACGACCAGAAUCCUACAAGGUGAUCCAGGAAGAGAUGGAAGAGAAUGAAUUGUCGAACGAGGCUACAUACUUCCACUGUCUGGUGGAGCAAGUGAUUAAGACCGGGCGAUCCGUCGACAGCGGCAGAAAAACCGCCAACGGCACCACUCACUGGAAUUGGAAACGCUUCAAAGAAGAUGGCAUGAGCGAGCCACAGAAAGACCAGAAAAUGGCCAGGGGCUUCCUCCCAGGCCAGCUCACCGACACCGCCAAUGUCGACAUCGGCCUCACAGACCCCAAACCUGACUGGGUGUUCGGCAUAACUAUGACCACCAAGUUUGCAGCGGGUCAGGCGCCUUCGCCAGAAGUGCGCGAUCUGCUCGAGUUGGGCUUCGGCCUCUGGCACGCUUUCUUCGUUAUCGAAGGCAAAGGUAACCAACAACCCAUUACCGUCGCCCGCAACCAAGCCCUACGCGACGGCUCGGCGCUCGUGAACGGACGCCGAGCGUUCAACAAGCUCGCGCACGAUACAGGCGUUCAAGACCCUCUAGGUCCGGAUUACGACUCCUUCUGUUUCUCGUGCACAUGGGACAUCAACAUCGCCGAGCUCUGGGUCCAUUGGUACGAGCUGGAAAACACGGCCUCACCGGGCGUCUUCCACAUGCAUCUCCUGGGCCGAUAUGUCAUGAUUGGUCGCAUGACCGAGGUAGCCAAGUUCCGUCAUGAUGUACAUAAUAUUCUAGACUGGGGUAUCCUUACGAAUGCGGCGAAGCGCGUAGAGACUAUGGCGAAAAUCAAGGCGAAGGAGACUGCACAGGUUUCUAUCCUUAAUGGCCGGGCUUCACCGCAGAAGCGGCAGGAGAGUCCCAGGAAAGGGCGAGUUCCGCCGACGAAGCGGGAGAGUAGUCCGAGGAAGAGAGUGGAAUAG